UCAUGCUGCUGCCAGGUCCAGAGUGUCUCAUGGGUCCCUGUACGGCCUCCCAUUGCUGCUGUCUCCAUCGCCACACUCUGCCAUGUGCCACUUUCAGGUCUCCUCACACACUGCUGGGUUCCAUUUUGUCAUAGGGUGCUGGCAGAUUACGGGCCUCCCAUUGCUGCUGCCAGGCCUUAAUCUGCCAUGGGCCCCUGUACCGCCUCCUCAUGCUGCUGCCAGGUCCACAGUGUCUCAUGGGUCCCUGUACCGCCUCCCAUUGCUGCUGUCUCCAUCGCCACACUCUGCCAUGUGCCACUUUCAGGUCUCCUCACACUGCUGGUGCGUUUCCAUUUUGUCA